ACCCAGAACGCACAGCGGGUAAAAUCAAAAUGGCGGCCAUCAACACGAGUUCGUAAAUCGAACGGCUAAAAAUCAUUUUUGGCCUUGCUAAGGGUCUUGUAUACCUGAUAAAAAAAUAACCUCAAAAGCAAGCGGACCAAUUCAUCACCAUGCCUCCUGUUAUGUUACCAGAGCAAACGGAGAAGCCCGAAGGGAAUAAUCAGAAUGAAGGAGAGACAUACAAUAAGCCGACGAUCGGCAUCAUUUACCCUCCGCCUGAAGUGAGAAAUAUUGUUGACAAGACUGCAAGCUUUGUUGCAAGAAAUGGCCCUGAGUUUGAGUCGAGAAUCAGACAGAAUGAGAUCAACAACCCAAAGUUCAACUUCUUGAACCAAGGUGAUCCCUACUAUGCCUACUUCCUACACAAGGUCAAGGACUUCAAGGAAAACCUCGGCAAAGUCCCAGAACCUAGCUCUGCUCCAGGUCCAGGAAUUUCUAAGCCCAAGCCCUUAAUGCAGCAGCAAGUGCUGAUAUCAGAUCUGAACAUCCCCAAAGAACCUCCCCCAGAGUAUGAGUUCAUGGCAGAUCCCCCGAGCAUCUCUGCCUUAGACCUUGACAUUGUAAAGUUGACUGCACAGUUUGUGGCUAGGAAUGGUCGCCAGUUCUUGACUAAUCUCAUGCAAAGAGAACAGAGAAACUACCAAUUUGAUUUUCUGAGGCCUCAACACAGUCUCUUCAACUACUUCACAAAGCUUGUAGAGCAAUAUACCAAGGUUCUUAUUCCUCCAGCAAAUAUAAAAGAGAAAUUGAAGGAAGACAUCCAUGAUCCUCAUAAGGUCCUUGAUCGGGUCAAGUAUAGAGUCGAGUGGGUCAAACAUCAAGAAAAGGAAAAGCAAAAGCUGGAAGAUGAAAGAGAAAAGGAGAGAGUUGCGUUUGCAUCAGUGGAUUGGCAUGAUUUUGUGGUUGUGGAAACUGUUGAGUUCAAGGAUGACGAGACAGGAAACCUUCCCCCUCCUGUAACACAAGAACAGCUUGGAGCAAGAAUCUUGGCACAGGAAAGAUAUGAGAAAGUACAGGAUGCUGGUCCAACAGAGGAAGACUUCAACAUGGAUGUAGAGAUGGAAGUGGAUGAGACAAAUAAAGACAAUCAAUCAAAGGAUAUGGAAAUGGACAUGGAUGACGAUGGCCCCCCACCAGCUCCUCCCUCAGAACCUGCCAUCAGACUCCCACCCCUACCCCCCACAGGAGCAGGAUCAAACCUGCAGAUCCGCCGCGACUACGACCCAAAGGCAGCCAAACCUCAAGCCCCGCCCCUUCCCCCGGAAAAGUAUCUGAUCUCACCAAUCACUGGGGAGCGUGUGCCGGCCGAGGCAAUGGCUGAACACAUGAAGAUCAACCUGCUGGAUCCACGCUGGAAGGAGCAGAGGGACAAGGCCAUCAUGGACAAGAAGCAACAAGAAGAGGUGUUUGCUGAAGGUAUUGCCAUCGGCAGUAGCCUCAAACAGCUCGCCGAACGUCGUACCGAUAUCUUCGGAGCCGGUGAUGAGGAGACAAUUAUCGGCCGAAAGAUUGGUGAAGAGGAAGAUAAGCGUCCAGAGAAAGUGACAUGGGAUGGACACACUGCCUCUAUGGCAUCCACCUCACGUCGCGCUCAGGCCGGUGUCACGCUAGACCAGCAGAUUGAAGCUAUUCACAAGUCCAAGGGCUUAGCGCCUUCAGAUGAUCGGGAGCGCAUCGGGCCGAGAGCACCCCACCAGUCCCCCAUGGAGGGAGGGGACUUUAUGAAAGGAAGGAUGAGCAACCCGAACCGCCCACCCACCACAGCCAUCCCGCCACCCAUGACGAACACCAUGACACAUUCAGCGCCACGCCCUCCCCCCAUGGGCCACCAUAUGAUGAACAUGCCCCCUCCCCCACCAGCAAUGCCACCAGAUGGACCCCCCAAGUUCAUGGGCCUCCCUCCUCCUCCACCAGGCAUGCGCCCAAUGCCGCCCCAGCCCCCCUUCAUGCCUCCCCCUCCUCGCAUGCAGCCUCCCGGACCCCCCGGACCACCCGGACCACCCGGGCCCCCGCCCUCCAACAAGCGAGAGCAUGAGGACGAUGAUGCGUCCAACAAGAAGAGCAGAGUCGAAGGACCAGAAGGCGACCUUAUCCCCGAGGCGCAGUUCCUCAAGACACACCCACCCACCGUCCGGUUCACGGUCCAGGUGCCGAAUAUUCCGGACAAGGCCGAGUGGAAGCUAGAAGGACAGCUUAUCACUCUUGCGCUGCCGCUGACCGACCAGGUGUCGGUGAUCAAGGCGAAGAUCCACGAGACUAUCGGCAUGCCUGCAGGAAAGCAGAAAUUACAACUCGGGGGAAUCUUCAUCAAGGACUCGAAUUCGCUUGCUUAUUACAACUUCGGCCCGGCUAGCACUGUACAGCUGCAACUGAAGGAACGUGGAGGAAGGAAAAAAUAGAACCCCCCCCCCUACCCUCCCCUGCACAUUACGUGUCGCGACAAUACACCUUAUGCCUUAUGCUUUAUGCUAAUCUAUUACUCGUUAGCCAAAGUUUACGAGAGCAAAAAUACAAUCCUUUACUCUCAAUAUAGCCUUUUUUGCAAGCGCCCAUUAGCUAACCGGUCACCAAUUCGGAUUUGGCGACUGCGCGCUGCGGCGCGGAAUGAGGGACGCGUGGAAACCGCUCGUCCGCGGGACCUUGCGUGGCCCUUAUCAAUGACCGAUCGCCCGAUCUGCAAACCACCGCGUAGCACUUGUAGAGACAUUCCUAAGAUUACUUUCGUGUAAAAUAUUGCCAACUCACACCACUCUAAGACUUUUAGUGUAUUUUAUUUUAUUCUUGCAGCCAUGUUUUAUUAAAGUGAAUUUCUACCGUGA